UCCAGAAAGGCUGCUUCCAGUCAACAUCCAGUCACAGCUAAUCAUGGAAACAAUAGAACCUGUAUUGGGCCUUUGUAAGACCAUCUACGACUUGGUUGAGAAGACGAAGACCAAUAAGGAGCGCUGCCAACGACUUGCCCAGAGAGUCAAAGACCUGGAGGAACUGGUUCUGACCAUCAAACAAAGGGGGUCGGGUCAAAUGUCUGACACUGUGACCAACGCUCUGAAGCAACUCUGCAUCACUCUGGAAUCAGCCUCGGAACUGAUGAAGAAAUAUUCCCAAACUACUGGUUUUAAGAGUUUCCUGAAGUCUGUGUCUCAUGAAGACAACUUCUGCAAGGUGAAUGAAAGACUGACUGAUACCUUCCAGCUCCUGUCUGGUGCUCUGCAGAUUGAGCAUGGGAACAUUUUGUACAAAUUGUAUGAAAAUGUUUCAGGGAGGAGACAGGGUGAAGAGUGCUGCAGUGGCCCCACAGACCCUGUGCCUGCCCCCUGCAUAUUGCCCUCCGUGCCUUCCUGUAGCACCAUAGCUCCCACGCCUGUUCCUCGCAAGAUGCCCUCUACACUUCUCUGUAGCCCCGUAACUACCACACCUGUAACCUGCAUGAUGCCCUCUGCACCUCUCUGUAGCCCCGUGGCUCCCAUGCCUGUCCGCUGCUUCGUGACCUCCAGGCCUCUCUGUAGCCCCGUCACUCCCAGGCCUGUCCUUCGCAUCAUUCCUCCAGUCCGUGUCGGCGCUGUGGCUCCCAUAUGUCUGCCUGUCAAUGCAGCCACCAUGCCUCUCACCAGGUCUAUCACCUCCAUGCCUUAUUCACCACAAAAUAAUCCACGGUAA